AUGGAGCAAGUGCAACUACCGAAGCUAGCAAUUGAGCCAGAUAAGGGCACGCAAGCGACCAAAUCUCUCAUUCUUUUCCGUCAGGCAAAUCAAUUGCCAGUCAAGUCAGAUCAGGUCAUGUCUCACGUGGAAAAACAUCUCCGAAAUGAAACAGGCACUUCUGGGGAGCCCCAGAAGCCAAGAGUGUGGGGAGCUCCACUAAACGACACGCCAAGAGAGCUUCGGCAACGGGGCAUGCGAGGGACUUGGACGACAACCCUUGGCAUCGAACUGUUGCAUCGUCACCAUUCACCCGCACUUGUAAAGUGA